UGUCUUCUUUCUCGUCCUUAAGUGUUAUAGACUCUGGGUUUUCCCCGAUUUCGGAUACUUUCGGUUUCACCUAGUGUUUUUGGCUACGGCUCGGUCCUGAAUGGCUCCUCGACAGAACAUGUAGUGCACUAGCGCGUGCGCAGAAGCCUUUAUUUUACAUCAUAUGUAGUGACGUUAUCUAGGGAGCACAUGGGCAUUUAGGAUUCAGCCCAGAUAUUUUCCUAAUGUCUUUCUGUCAUUGUUCAGUUCUUGUUUGGUGUGUGUAGGUGAGGCACCUUUACCUUUCUGCACUCAAAAUCGCUUCUAAAACCGUUUUAGCUCUUUAGUUUUGUUUUAAUUUUGUUAUUUUUAUUCUUCGCCAUCGAAGGGAGGACAGGAAGUUAAUUCACAGGCUUUAUUAACGCCUAUAACGCGUCUCACAGUUGUGUUUAGGAAUGAAGGACAAGAUGGCAGGGUAUCUGUUCCUUUUUCUGCUCUUGUGCGUGGAUAUAUGCGUAGUGACGACAUUCGGGGCGACCCGGCUCUCACCUCUGUUCAUUCCUCAUUCAUUUACCACCCUCUGGGUCGGAGGACUGCUGAGGUUCACUGUCCUUCUCUUCGUCACCUUCCUCUACCCAUCGAGCCCGGCAUGGAUCAGGAGUGCUGAUGGAGUUCAGACUGUAGCUGUGCACAGUUUGAUCUAUCCAGUGUACGUCACACUGCUGUGGGCAUGGGGCCGGUCGACGCUGGAGCUCACCUGGGGCUGGCACACCUGGCAAGGACUGCUUCAGUGCUACGCAGUUUCGGCUCUGUCGCUGCUGCUGUGGGAACGCUACGUGCCCACCGUUCUCACAAAGACGAAGGUAAAGCCUAAGGAGAAAAGCCAGGCCUCACUGCAAAGGCUGGUGGGAUACAUGAAGCCGUACCAGCGCCGGUUCAUAGCCAUCGUCCUGUUCGUGAUCGCGUCAUCUCUCGGUGAGAUGGCUAUUCCGCAUUACACGGGCAAAAUCACAGACUGGAUCCUGAAGGAGGACGAACCUGACGCUUUUGCUAACGCGAUCAAAAUCAUGUCGAUCCUGACCGUCAUGAGUGCCUUCUCUGAAUUUGUGUGUGAUCUCAUCUACAACACCACCAUGAGCCUCAUACACACCGCCAUCCAGAGUCAGGUGUUUGAGUGUGUGCUGAAACAGGAAAUCGCCUUCUUCGAUACAGCUCCCUCGGGUGAACUCGUGUCCCGAAUCACCAAAGACACCAACGACAUGAGCGAAUCCCUGAGCGAAGACCUCAGCCUGCUCAUGUGGUACACCAUGCGUUUGGUCUUCCUCUACGGCUCCAUGCUGCUCCUCUCCGUGCGCCUGUCCAUUUUCACCAUCCUCGGCCUUCCCAUCAUUUGGAUAAUCCCAGAGUUUUCCGGAAGGUUCUACCAGACACAUUCAGUCAAAGUGCAGGAGUCUCUUGCCAAAUCGAACAGCGUCGCCACGGAGACGUUCUCCUCCAUCAAGACGGUGAAAAGCUUCGCCAACGAGGAUGGAGAGUCAGAGCGAUACAAGAAGUGCUUAGAGCGCACCUACUCUCUCAACAAAGUGGAAGCAGCUGGUUAUGCGGCAUCAACCUGGACCAACAGUAUGUCCAGUCUGGCCUUGAAAGUGAGCAUCCUGUACUAUGGAGGCCAGCUGGUGGCAGGAAAUGAUGUCAGCAGUGGUGAUCUGGUGUCUUUCGUGCUGUACGAGCUUCAGUUCAGUCACGCUGUGGAGGCUUUAAUGUCCUAUUAUCCUCGAGUGAAGAAAGCCGUCGGCGCCUCAGAGAAGAUCUUCGAAUACGUCGACCGGAAGCCUGACGUUCCUCCUGAAGGUUCUUUAGCCCCCAAGACACUCAGGGGUCACGUGCACUUCAACAACAUCACGUUUGUGUAUCCGACGAGGGCAGGCGAGAACAUUCUGAAAGGCGUGUCUCUGGAGCUGAAGCCAGGAGAGAUCACCGCUCUGGUAGGUCCAGCUGAUGGUGGAAAAAGCACCAUAGUCAGGCUGCUUGAGAGGUUUUACCAGCCCCAGAGUGGAGAGAUCUUACUGGAUGGGGAGCUGCUGCAGAACUACAAGGAUCAAUACCUGCAUGAGAAGAUCAGCGUGGUUGCCCAGGAGCCCAUACUCUUCGCCCGCUCCAUCAGAGAGAACAUCAAAUACGGGAAAGCAGACGCCACUGAUGAAGAGAUGGUCGCUGCUGCUAAACUGGCCAACGCUCACAAAUUCAUCAGUGACUUUCCAAACGGCUAUGAUACCGAUGCCGGAGAAAAAGGAGGUAAAGUGUCCGGAGGUCAGAAGCAGCGUAUAGCCAUCGCGCGAGCCCUGAUCCGGAACCCACAGAUCCUCGUACUGGAUGAUUCCACUAGUGACCUGGAUGCUGAGAGCGAGCAUAUGGUGCACCAGGCACUGCUGAAGAGGUUAAACGGUCGCUCCGUGCUGCUCAUUACCAAUAAGAUGAGUGGCGUGGAGAUGGCCAACAACGUGGUGUUCCUGCAGAGGGGCGAGGUGCUGGAGCAGGGCAGCCAUGAGGAUCUGCUGAAGAGGAACGGCUGCUACGCCGAGUUUGUACGGCUGCAGAACACCAGCUUCCAUCGUAACGCUCAGGAAGACUGCGAAACCUCAAACCCAGCGCAGUAACGAUGUGUAUUUAACAUACCGUACAAUCCAUCUACACCUCAAAAUGCACAGUUCAUUACAUUUAUAUUAUAGAAUAGAAUAGAAUAGAAUAGAAAGCUUUUAUUGUCAUUCUACAAGUACAAUGAGAGUUAAAGCUUCACCAUACAGUGCACACAUAAAUACUAAAAUAGACAUAGGAAAAUAUGUACAAUGAAACUAAUAUAAAACUACUACUAAAAAAAAAAAAACUGCUGAUAACUAUACCUAAACUAUACAUAAACUUGUGCAAGUCACAAGUUGCAUCGUAUACCGUUGUACUAUGUUGCAUCGUAUACCGUUGCCCCGGAGCACAUGAAGGAAUUCAAAUUUAUAAUAAAUAUUCUGCCAAUAUUCACGCUGAUUUGCAGGCUGUCUACAUAGCACCUUCAUAACAUCGUGCAUUAGGGUAAUAAUCCUGAUGUUUAGAUCAACAUUUACAAAAUAUUAGUAUGUAGAUGACUAUUUUAUUCAACAAAAUACAAAUAAUACAUUAUGAUUGUUGAUCAUGAUGUAGUAUUUAUAAUACAUAUUAUAACUUUAUUAAUAAUUGUAAUGAAGCGAAUCUGGGUAGAAGUUCUAUGCAGCCUACCGGUAGGUACCCCUACCUUCAUACCAGAAAGAAUCAAAAUCGGUGUAGAAUUGAGGGAGAAGAAGCGAUUUGUGUGGAAACUGCUCGUUAGGGAUUGAUUAAUUACUCCAUAUCUUUGUUAUUAAUAGCAAUUAUGCAAAUUUGGGUAGAACAGUGGCAUAGCUGGGGGGUGGGGGUCCUGGGGUGCCCAUACAUUUUUUCUAUAGCCGCGUAAGAACAUUGGAAAAGCGCCUACUGUAAUUUUUCUAACUUUUUUUUUUUAAACUAGAUUGUCACCUCAGCCUUAUUAGGGUUUCUAUAACCUUGUAUGGACUUCCUGUGGUUUGGGCGCGAAAACCCAGUUCUGCGUAAGCGCAACACGAUGGCACUAGAAAGCAUGGUCAAGCUGCCAGUGUAGCUGCAGUCUUUUUAGUUGCGAAUUACGAGUAUUUCUUCUUGUGUUAAUAAUUCGCCGUGUCAAAACACGUGAAAGUUUCCUCCUUUUGACGUAAGCAAUUUAUUGUAUAUAUUUUUCCAUCAAAGUUGCAUUUUGUGGCUUCGAAGCUAAGUUCUAGUGCGCCGUUUCGAGAACGCAACAUCAAGAAAACGUGGAAGAAACAGCAAUAAUGGAAAGCCACCUAAAACUAGCAAUGGUAAUUAUUUUUUGUGACAUGAUGUACUCAGGCUGCCAGUCAGUGUGCGACCCCCGCUUUGAAAAAUCCUAGCUACGCCCCUGUCGAAGCUAUAUGCACUAUAUGUAGCCCAGGAGUAAUAGGGUUAUACCCGGAACAAAUUAGUAACAAGCUGAAAAUUUCAGAAUAUGUUCAGAAUACCUUUAGGAAUAACAUAC